CUUUGUAAGCUUCCUCUUUGUUUUUCUGUCAGCCUCUAGCCGAAGCUACCUGAGGUGUCCUUGGUUUUCCUUAUUUAAUCCUAGAAAUGGGAUUUGUCAAAGUAAUCAAGAACAAAGCGUACUUCAAGCGUUUCCAGGUCAAAUUCAAGAGACGACGAGAGGGUAAAACCGAUUAUUAUGCCCGUAAACGUCUGGUGACCCAGGAUAAGAACAAGUAUAACACGCCUAAGUACCGAUUUGUCGUUCGUUUCACAAAUAAGGACAUCACAUGCCAGAUAGCGUAUGCCAAACUCGAAGGGGAUGUUAUCGUUAGUGCUGCUUAUGCACACGAGCUUCCUCGUUAUGGCAUCAAGGUCGGGUUGACCAAUUAUGCUGCAGCUUAUUGUACUGGUCUUUUGCUAGCACGUCGUCUGCUCACCAAACUGAACCUGCACGAGAUCUACACAGGAACAGAUGAAGUCAACGGGGAGGAGUACAAUGUGGAAAGUGUUGAUGGAUCCCCAGGUGCUUUUAGGGCUUUCCUGGACGUUGGACUGGCAAGAACCACUACUGGAGCAAGGGUGUUUGGUGCUCUGAAAGGAGCGGUAGACGGGGGCCUUGACAUUCCUCAUAGCAUGAAGCGUUUCCCAGGUUAUGAUUGCGAGUCCAAAGAAUUCAAUGCUGAGAUCCAUCGUAAUCACAUCUUUGGUCAGCAUGUAGCAAAUUUCAUGACAGAGUUGAAAGAACAAGAUGAAGAGGCUUACAAGAAACAGUUCUCUCAGUACAUUAAGAAUGGCAUUGAACCAGAUCAGAUUGAGGAGCUUUACAAGAAAGCCCAUGCUGCCAUUCGUGAGGAUCCUGUGGCCAAGCCUUCACAGAAGAAGGAAGUCACACCCAAGAGGUAUAACCGCAAGAAGAUGUCCCUCCAACAGCGCAAGGCUCGUGUUGCACAGAAGAAAGCUUACUUCCUGAAGCAGCAGGGUGAUGGUGAAGAUGAGGAAGAGGAUGAUGAGUGAGCUUGUCAGUUGAAAUAAAUUCCCUUUGAAGAGCAGAA